AUGGGCAGCAAGAAUUAUCUAGGGUUUCGAGGGACAAAGCUCAAUAUCGCAAUCGGUGUGAUUGCCGGGCUGGAUUUCCUACUUUUUGGUUAUGAUCAAGGUGUUAUGGGCGGUCUUUUGACCCUUCCAUCAUUUGCUACAACAUUUCCUCAGAUUGAUACCCGAAAGGAAGCACAAGUCGGCCUCACUGCUCGCGAGAGGGACCAUAGAGCGACAAUUCAGGGGAUCUCCGUUGCUUCUUACAAUGUUGGGUGUUUUUUGGGUGCCAUCGCCUGCAUAUGGAUCGGUGAUAUAUUUGGAAGACGCAAAACUAUCUUUUUUGGAUGCUCCAUUAUGAUCGUUGGUGCUAUUUUACAGUGCGCCGCCUUCGAUCUCUCGCAGUUUAUUGUUGGGCGCGUUAUCACGGGCCUUGGAAACGGACUGAAUACAUCGACGGUCCCAACUUGGCAAUCAGAAUGUUCCAAAUCACAUCGUCGUGGCCAACUAGUCAUGAUUGAAGGCGCCUUGAUCACUGGUGGUAUAUGCAUCAGUUAUUGGCUGGAUUUUGGCUUCUCGUUCCUCGAACCCAGCAGUAUUUCAUGGCGGUUCCCUAUCGCGUUCCAGAUAGUGUUUGCCGUCAUUAUCAUGAUGUUCAUUUUGUCUUUGCCAGAAUCGCCCCGAUGGCUGAUACUCAAGGGUCAGGAAGAUGAAGCUAUGCGUGUUUUGGGAGCCCUCAGUGACCUCGACGCUGACAACCCAUAUAUCAGCACUGAAUUCACUGCAAUUAAAGAAACCGUCUUGGAAAUGUCUAAGAGUGGAUUCAAGGAUCUCUUUCUUCGCAACAAAGACCGUCACCUGCACCGAGUCGUACUCGCAUACGUCAACCAAGUGUUCCAGCAAAUUUCUGGUAUCAAUCUCAUCACUUAUUAUGCAGCUGCUAUCUAUGAGGGUAGCAUUGGUCUGAACGGGUCCUUAUCCCGAAUCUUGGCUGCCUGCAACGGCACUGAGUAUUUCCUUGUCUCAUGGAUUCCGGUUUUCAUUAUUGAAAAAGUCGGUCGUCGCCCACUGAUGCUUUUCGGGGCGGUUGGGAUGUCCUUCUCUAUGGUUGUUCUAGCUAUAUCUACUAGUUUCGAGGGCCAGGCGAAGCCUGGUAUUGUUGCGGCUGUUUUCCUAUUUGUUUUCAAUACGUUCUUUGCCAUCGGCUGGCUUGGAAUGACCUGGCUUUAUCCUGCUGAGAUAGUGCCUCUUCGUAUUCGAGCUCCUGCCAAUGCCCUGUCCACCUCUGCCAACUGGGCUUUCAACUUCAUGGUGGUCAUGAUCACCCCAGUCUCCUUCAGUUCUAUCAAAUACAAAACCUACAUCAUCUUCGCAGUCAUCAACGCAUUCAUCAUUCCAGUUGUUUACUUCUUCUACCCUGAAACGGCAUACCGCUCUCUGGAAGAGAUGGAUACCAUUUUCCAGAAUACUGAUUCUGUUUUCUCUGUUGUUCGUGUUGCUAGAGAGACUCCUCGCCGCUAUGGUAAGCAUGGCGAGCUUCUUGACUUCGAGGCGGGCGUUGAGCAAUCGCGCGCUGCUGAUGCAAGUGGUGCGAAGUCCGAUACGACAGUAGAAGAAAAACCAAAGCAGGAUACGACAUAG